GUGUGAAGCUUGAAAAUACUGCCGCCCAAGAUCAUUUAGAAACGUUUUCCGGAGGAGAAAAGAUAGGCAGGAUCCCAAAUUAAGUUACUGCUUAGUGUGAUAAGACUUCGUGUUAUUCCUUUUUUUGUUGGUGGUGCAUCAUUUCACGGAUGUGCUGUGUGCUAACGGAGAUUCUUAUUAGUAGCCAGUAGCGAGCAAGUGCAAAAUGAUCACCGUCGAUAAGAUCAAGGAAUGUUUUCCCAUUCAUUGGUACGUGUGGAACAACGAUUAUCAGGAGCUGCAGCAGGCCAUAAAUGACAAAUCGCAUGAUUUGGAAAAGCUGGAUCCCCGAGGGCGAACGCCACUCAUGCUGGCCGUGAAGUUGUCCCACCUGGAAUGCGUAAAGGCUCUGCUAGCUGCCAAAUGCAAUGCGAACGUGGAAUGUGAUGGAUGGUCAGUUGUACAGGAGGCCGUCUGUUCCGGCGAUCCGAACAUCCUGACGGCAAUUCUCGAGGUGCGCGAUUUGCAGCGUCACAUCAAACGGGUAUCGCACGUGCCGCAGCUACUGCAGCACCUACAGGACACGCCAGACUUCUACGUGGAGAUGAAAUGGGAGUUCACCAGCUGGGUUCCGCUGAUGUCGCGCGUCUGCCCGAGCGAUACGUACAAAGUGUACAAGCGGGGAUCGAACGUACGCAUCGACACGACGCUGCUGGGCUUCGAUAACAACACCUGGCAGCGGGGUAACCGGAGCUACAUUUACAAGGGUCAGGCGACCACGGCCAGCAUGAUCGAGAUCGAUCACGACACGGGCGAGGUGUCGGUGGAGCACAUGCGGAACAUCGAGUCGGAGAACAUCGACGGUAUUCGGCCGUCGAAGGAAGCGGUCCACCUGCGCCUGCAAGCCCCCGUCAUCUGCAAUCACAUCGACAUGGAGAAGAUCAGCUUCGAGCGCAACAAAUCCGGCUUCUGGGGCUGGCGAAGCGAGAAGGUCGAGUCGAUCAAUGGCUACGAGUGCAAGGUGUACGGGGCGAGCAACGUCAAGUUCAUCACGCGCACACGCAACGAACACCUCGGGGACAACGAGCAGGCGCGGGUGAAAAACUCGCGCACCCCACUGCAGCACUUCCUGGGCAUGACGGAGGAGGACUACGACCAUGCGGCGGCCGGGUCGAGUACAAGUGCACUUAGGGAACCGGCUCCAAACGGCACCGACGAUCGCUCACCGGAUGGUGCCGAAGGUGGUGCCGGAACAGCGGAAAGUAAUGGGCCGGAUGCGCCGUCCGCACCGACGGCGGAAGAGUACUUUUCCGAUAUCGAUCUGAACGGGCGGGACGUGGGGAAACCAAAGAGAAUCACUGCCAAAGAACAACACUUUAAGGCGAACAUCUGGCUGAGCGAAGAGUUCCCGAUCAAGCUGCAGGAGCAGGUGCUGCCCAUACUGGACCUCAUGUCCACCAUGGCCAGCCCGCACGUGUCCAAGCUGAAGGAUUUCAUCACCAUGCAGUUGCCCUCGGGAUUCCCGGUGAAAAUAGAAAUUCCCCUCUUCCACGUGCUGAACGCGGUCGUCACGUUCGGGAAUGUGUUUGCGAUCGAGCAGCCGGUUGCCCACGUCACCCACAUACGGGAGAGUGACGAUCGCACGACCUGCAUCAUCGACGACGCGUGCUUCGAGGCACCGAGUGGGUACGGGGUUCGGCGCGGUAUCGCCGACUUCCGCUCGCAGCUGACGUUCGAGGACGAGGACGAGCUGAUGCAGUUCGCGAUCCAGCAGAGUUUGGUCGAGACGGGCAGCGAGAACGACAAGGUGGACAUCUGGGAAGCCCUAAAAGCGCCCCGGCCCCUUACGCCGCAAUACUACGAGGAUGAGCAGCUGCAGAGAGCUUUGCAAGAAUCACUGAUAACCGGAUUUCAAAGCAGUGCCCACGUGGCUUCCGGGGGUGCCGGUGCCGAGGCGGGCACUCUUCCGCCAGCGGUGGCCCUCGACCAUCGCGUGACGGCGGGAUCGGGCAUCCACCAACCGGACGACGACACGCCGCCCGACUAUCUGGACCCGAAUCUGGAGCUUGCCAUCAAACUGAGCCAGGAGGAAGAGCGCCGUCGUGAGGAAGAUCUCCGGCGGGAGGAGGAAAUGCUGGCCGAGGUGCUCCGGCUAAGCUUGCAGGAGAAGUAGUAGUUUCCAAAACCGUUCCACUGCGCGCUGGCCACCAUGCUUUCUUUUCGACAGGUUUUCGUUUUUGAAUGUUUUGAUCCUGACAAAAAGGCACAGAGUAGCGACAUUUGGCCCCGUUCCCGUAAAGGUCCGAAUUCAAACGAAAAGAGCGAUAAAGUAUACCUCGAUACCGGAAGUAUUUACCCAAUUAUCUGCAAAUAAUCUGCAAAACGAAACCCUGCUUGCCCGUCCGUACGCUUCACGAGGAUUCCAGUAGCUUCCGUUUUACUAGAAUAUUAUAGCCCAUUCGGACGAAACAAAAUCCGAUUCUUUGCACACAAAUACACACACAGAACACACGGAGAAGAAAAAACAAAAAAAUCCUUCCGCAACGAGAGAGAGACUACUUAAUGUAAUGAUAUAAUAUACAGACCUAUAUAUAUAUAUAAAUAUAAAUAUGAAGAAAAUUGAUUCCUAAAUCGACCCUAACGAUCAGACCCUACAUACAAUAUACCGUGCACAAGAGGGUGCAUGCGCCAAAGCUGUACGAUCCGAGGUCAGUUCCGGGAAGGGGGUACAUUCUCGAUAGCAAAUUCGUUUAAAAAGCUUCCCUUCGCGAACGUUGGGAGAGAGGGCGGAAUGAACACUGAACGACAAAAACAAGUAACACUAUUUUAUACUAAUCGCUUCAUAAUCAGUCAAUAAAUUUUAUCUAUUUAUAU